AUGGUCACUGUGACUCGACUUCUGGUAUCCUUGCUUUCACUUCUCUCAAGUUGCUUCGCAUUUGACAUGCCAAGUCUCCGUAUGAUUCGUGGCAAAGAGAGGGAAGUAGUAGCGCGCACGAUGCUUAACUUUCAACCUCCUCGCCUUGAUGUCUUAUACAGAGACUACAAAUAUCCACCAGAUCGAUCCGCAGUCCGACCGAUGGUGGUAUUUGAUGGACGACUGUACUCAAUGCACCGCAAAUAA